AGCCUUAUAUGCUCCCUGCCAAAAAAAAAAAAACCAACAGGCGCGCAUUCCUCAGCUCUGCUUCUCUCUCUGUCUUCUCGAUCCCCGCCGCUGGCCGCUGCUCGAUCCCACCGUGCUCCGGGGGAAGGUUCUGGAAGCUCUCGGCGGAUGAGGUGGGGUGGAGGAGGAGUAGGAGUAGGAGGAGGGGUUGCCGCGUCCCUCGCCGCGCUGCUGUGCUGCGGCUGCGUCAUGCUGGCCCUCGCCGGCGCCGCCGCUGCGCAGGGCUCCCGCCUCCCCUUCGCCUACAAGACCCUACGAGGUGACCCUCCACGAAUCGUGGCCAAAGGCGGCUUUUCAGGAGUGUUUCCGGACUCAAGCUUAGACGCCUACUCUUUUGCAUUGAGCACCAGCGCACCCGAUACGACUCUCUGGUGUGAUGUCCAGCUGACGAAGGACGGCGUUGGAGUCUGCCUUCGGGACAUCAACAUGCAGAACUGCACCACCGUCGCCGAAGCAUACCCCGCGAGAAAGCGGACCUAUGUCAUCAAUGGUGUGCGGAAAACGGGAUGGUUUGCUUCGGACUUUACCAUGGCUGAGCUCCAGUCUGUCGUUUUAACACAAGCAAUUUGGUCUCGCUCCCCCAGAUUCGAUGGAUAUCCUAUCCUCUCUGUCCCUGAGUUGCCAACCAUCCUUGACGUCAAGCAGCCUUCUCUUUGGUUGAAUGUUCAGCACGAUAUUUUCUACAAAGAACAUGGUUUGAACAUGAGGAACUACAUACUUUCCAUCCAAAAGAAUGUAUCUGUGGAUUAUAUCUCGUCACCUGAACUGGGCUUCCUCCAAAAUAUAUCUGGAAGAGUUCAUCGCAAAACAAAGCUUGUGUUUAGGUUUCUUGAUAAAUCCUUAGAUAAUUCUAUACACCAAACAUAUGCUUCACUUUUGAGCAACCUAACGUUUAUUAAGUCUAUUGCAUCUGGCAUAAUGGUCCCUAAGAGCUACAUUUGGCCAGUCACAAAGGAUAACUAUCUACAGGCACCCACAUCAAUUGUAGCAAAAGCCCACAGUGCAGGGCUGGAAAUAUAUGCCUCUGAUUUUGCAAAUGAUAGAAUUAUCCCCUAUAACUACAGUUAUGAUCCAUUGGCAGAAUACCUAAACUUUAUCGGCGAUGGGGGCUUCUCUGUUGAUGGUGUAUUGUCAGAACACCCAAUUACUGCAUCAGAGGCUAUUGGUUGCUUUGCUAAUCUGAAUUCAAGUAAGACUGAUCAUGGGGAACCCUUAAUUAUCUCGCAUAAUGGUGCUAGUGGAGAUUAUCCGGACUGUACGGACCUAGCCUACCAUAGUGCAAUUAAUGAUGGCGCAGAUGUCAUUGAUUGUCCUGUUCAAGUGACAAGUGAUGGAACUCUUAUGUGCAUGGGUUCCAUUAACCUGCUUGAUACUACGAAUGUGCAGAGAACAACUUUCAACUCUCGUGCUUCUGUUGUUUCAGAAAUUCAGGCUACACCAGGAGUCUUCACAUUCAACCUUACUUGGGAUGACAUCAAUAGUAGUAUACAACCCAAAAUAUCUUCCCCAUUGAGUCGGUAUUAUAUGGUAAGGAACCCAAGGUACACAAAUCAAGGGAAGUUUCUGAAGUUAUAUGACUUUCUAGCAAUGGGAAUGGAUAAGGAUUUGUCUGGUGUCAUGAUCAUUAUUGAGAAUGCUGCAUUUCUGGCAAAGUCAUUAGGAAUUGACAUUGUUGAUUCUGUAAACGCUGCCUUAAGUGCUGCUGGAUACGAUAAUCAGACUGCCAAGGAAGUUCUGAUUCAGUCAAAAGAUAGUGCUGUUCUUGUCAAAUUGAAGCAGCAGAAAACAAAAUGCAAGCUUGUUUACACUCUCCCAUUAGGCAUUGGGGAAGUUUCUACCUCCUCACUAGAAGCCGUGAAGAAGUUUGCUGAUGCUGUAGUUGUUGAUAGGAAUUCUGUUUUUACCUCAAGUCAAAGUUUUAUCAUCAGACAGAACAGUCUUAUGAAAGAUCUACAGUCAGCGGGGCUAGCUGUGUAUACUCAGGUGUUCCGGAAUGAGUUUGUGUCACAACCGUGGGAUUUCCUUGCAGACGAAACUGUGGAGGUCAAUUACUAUUUUCAAUCAUUUAAUCUGUCAGGCGUCAUAACUGAUUUCCCGAAGACGGUUAGAAGAUACAAAAAAAAUACUUGUACAGGUUUGGGAAAUGACAUGCCCAACUACAUGCAGGCUGUUCCGGUUGGCGCCCUUGACCAGUUACUCCAAAAGUUUAAAGCCCAGCCGCCAUCUAUGCCGCCAAUGCCGACACUGAAUGCCUCAGACGUGGUGGAGACACCGCUUCCUCCUGUUGCACCAAGAAAUGCGCCUGGUGCGCCUCCUUCUGAUACUCACAAGGCUACCGCAAGUACUGGUAUUCUGUUUGUGAUGGUUUUCGCAGCUCUGCUGAUCUAGACAGACACAUGAGGCUGUAUAGUAGGUGAUAUAAGUUGUUUUGUACAAGCUCCAUUUGAUUCGGGCAAGCUUAGACCGAUGACCUGGUGCUCCCAGGCAUUUGUUUGAUCGUUUCUGCCUGUAUAAAUUCAGCAGUAGAAAGGUUACACUAUUUAGCCAGCAUGGGGUGUUGAUACAUUGCACAUAAUUGUUCUGUAUAUAUCCUCGUUCUGACAUGAAGAAUAUGUUAUAUGUUCUGCGAAUUGGCAA